ACUGACACCACAGUGACACGAAAACACUCCAGACCAUUCUGCUCAUCCUGUCUCUCCUGCGGGCCUUUCUGGGAUUUGUGGAGGAUUCACGAAAACGGAGCCCCAAAAAAGGAUUCCCGAUGUCUGCUGCGGCCGUGCGAUUUGCCACGCGUCUUUUGUCGGUGCUGGACGGUCGAGUGUAGUGUUUGCGGAGUGUUUCCUCCAGGUGUUGCUUCAACAUUAACGCGCGACUGUGUUUUAUCAGUACGUACCGUGGGGUUCGCAAGAGAAGAAUGCGGUGGUGGAAGGUGAAACUGCACUUUAGUGGAAUUAUCUAGUCAUAUUGUGCCGGGAGUGUUGCAGUAAAAGAAGAAGAAGAACUGAACAGCAGCAGAAGCGCACACCAUCUCAAGGCGCAGCGUUUUGGUUUCAGCUUCAUUAGGACAUCGGCACCGCACACACCUCGCACCGUUGGCAUAGGCAACGCUCAGCUUCCUCAGCCCUCAUCAAUCGUGCAGCUGUAAAAAAAAAUGGGUAACUCAAGUACAAAGUUGGCGGAGAAAUGUUCCCUGCUGGCCAAGAGCGAGGUGCCAGUGGUCGCCAGCUCCUUCAAACUAGUCAGCAAAAACUCGGAACGCAUUAAGGAAGAUGAUCUCAUGAAAUUCUGGGGCUCGCAGAUGGAUCCCCGGUUGGCGCAGUAUAUCACCAACUUUCUGUUCGGUCCGCUCGGCUCCCGGUCGCCGGUCGUCGAGUUUCAGCGGUUCGCGGAGCUGUACGUGUUCUGCGUGCGGGGUACGAUCGAUGAGCGGAUCAACGUGCUGCUGUGCAGCCUCGGUCAACAACCGGAGCAGGAGUCCACCGAAAUUGCAUAUCCGCUUAUCAAGGAGUACGUUGAGGCGGUAGUGAGCAGCUAUAUGCGAGCGAUACGACUCGAGGGUGGCCCACAGUACAAGUCGUGGGAAUCGCGUGGCUUUCGCAUAGUGAAGGAUUGCAUACAAAAGUUAGCGGAAAGCUUGGCGUACGAUGUGGUUCAACAGGGAACGCAAAAGGUUACUCGUUCCGAUGCCGAACGAUGGUUGCACAAAAAUCCCACCUUCCUCAAGAUGCUGGAGCACGUGUUCGCUCACCUGUACCACUAUCGAAACGUAAAGAACGCUUCCGAGGCGGAGGGUAACGCACGGAAAAGCAUUAUCCCGCAGGAAGCGCUCCAAUCGAUGCUGCCGGCCUGUGAGGGGCUCCAAUAUGUACCGGACUAUCCGGCGUUCACCGACCUGUCGCAGAUGCUGUUCAUCAAUACCAACCUCCCGGAUGCACAGCGGAACAAGUGGCGCUUCCUGUUCUCUUCCCAAAUACAUGGCGAAAGUUUCUCCACCCUGCUGGGGCGCAUUAUGGAUCAGGGCCCGACGGUGGUAAUAGUGGAGGAUGCAAACGGUUAUAUCUUUGGUGGUUACGCGACCGAAUCGUGGGCCCUCAGUCCGAACUUUGUCGGUAACGAGAACUCGUUUCUCUUCACCUUGCGGCCAAAGAUGCGGUGCUUCCCAAGCACCGGCUUCAACGAUCACUACCAGUACUUAAAUCUUCAUCAGCAAACGAUCCCUAACGGAAUGGGUAUGGGAGGUCAACAUAACUAUUGGGGUUUCUGGUUGGAUUGCGAGUACGGCAUCGGAGAGUGUUCGGAAUCGUGCACGACAUACAAGGGCUAUCUGCAGCUUAGCGCCACCAAGAAGUUCAACGUGAGAAACGUCGAAGUGUGGGGCGUCGGUGAUAAACCGGUGAAGGAGGAUGAGGGUGAGGACGAAAAAACCGGUGCCCGGUCCAUUCUCGAUGGAAACGCGGACAGCAAGGCCAUCUUGAAGAUGAGCGGUCGAGAGCAGUACUCGGAUGGGUACCGUGAGGAACCGAAGGACUAAAGUUUACGCAAGCACGCCAGAAAGAAGAAGUGUUUUGUGCUGGGACGCUCGAUGGAAAUCAACUUGGUGGAUGUUACCGAUACAUUCAAUUUCAAUUUUCUGUAAUCGAGACAGGAACGCGUUCAGGUGGACGAGAGACGCAAGAGAUGAAUACAAUCAGGCAUAAAUCCGGUCGAUCGGGCAUCGGCUCCGGUUCUGUCUUCUUCGAUCGUAGAGCGCUAAGAAGAUAAAGUCUGACUAGGUUUCUUCCUGCCCACGGCUGUUUUGAUUUAGAUAUCUCUUUCUCUUUGUCGGUCUCUACUUGUGACCGGGAGGGUUUUUUGCUGCCCUAUCGUACUCGAAGAACAAAGCAACAACACCAAGUGGCACAGCAACUCACAUCCACUAUCCAUCCAACUCAACCAGCAUCAAUCACUGUGCGCUUCGUCUGGCGUGAAGAUUGGGCACAACUUGGAACAAACUUUAGGCACAAUUUGGAUGCCACAGGCGACACACGAUUGUAUAAUCUCUUACCUACCUGGCUCACUACAGUAGCACUAAUCACAAACCGGCAUGGAGCAUGUAGUUUCUAUGUAGUAUCAAAGAUACACGGAGUGCUUGUGUAUGGUUGGAAAGCAGUAAAACGAAGUAAAGCAAUGCGUAAAGCUGUAAAACACAAAGAUAUACAAUUGUGGUUGACGAGGAAGAAACAGCAAACCGCUUAUUGGUAAUCGUAAGUGAAUUUAGAUGAAACAGUGACAAAUGAUACCUUUAACGUUAUAGGGACAGAAACACAAUCCCGGUUCUAGUAAGAAACGUGAUUCGCAAAGGCUACCGGCAGCACGAUAUGCAUGCAUCUAUUUAUCAGUGUUGAGUGUGUGUUCCAUUUUCUGUUGGUACCUGUUCACCCAAGAGCCUCAUUAAUGUUAGCUCGAUGGCACUGGACAUGAUCUUUUUGUAUUGUUUUAUUUUUCCUGGAGUGUGCCAUAGGAAUUCGUACAGCAGCUAUACAGGACGCAGAACAAUGGUUAUUAGUUCAGGAAGAAAGCUUAACAACUCACAUCAAUGCACCCGCCAACCCCUUCUCAAUCAGAAUCCGUGUUUCGUGAGCUUUUAAUUCAACGUAAAGGUAUCCCACAGUGGGAAAUAUUGAUUCUAUUCGAUGUAAUGUGUAUGUUGUUGAACCUCGGUGUGUUUGUAAUAUUAUAUUGCUACACCUAAGAUUAUUGUUGAAUGAAGGCACGGCAGAUAAUGUGGAUAAACUUGAAAAUAAAGUUCUUGAGAUCAGGA